AGGGGCUGGGAGGGCGCGGGCGGCCAGCGGCGGCCUUACCGCCGGGCCCUUCGCCGCCGCCUUCUGCUCGCCUCUCGCCGCCGUGCAUUUCUCUCCUUUUCCUUUGUCUCUCCUGCCCUCGCGGGUGUGAGGAUUGUUGGUGAACAGACGUGCAGCCUCAAGAUGGCUGAUGGCAACGAGGAGCUGCGGGCGGACGACUUGCCGGGGCCAGCCUACGAGAGCUAUGAGUCCAUGGAGCUCGCCUGCCCCGCCGAGCGCAGCGGCCACGUAGCCGUCGGCGACGGGCGCCACAUGUUCGUCUGGGGCGGCUACAAGAGUAAUCAAGUCAGAGGAUUAUAUGACUUUUAUCUGCCUAGAGAAGAACUAUGGAUCUACAACAUGGAGACUGGAAGAUGGAAAAAAAUUAACACAGAAGGAGAUGUUCCUCCUUCCAUGUCAGGAAGCUGUGCUGUGUGUGUAGACAGGGUGCUUUACUUGUUUGGAGGACACCAUUCAAGAGGCAAUACAAAUAAGUUCUACAUGCUGGAUUCAAGGUCUACUGACAGAGUAUUACAGUGGGAAAGGAUUGACUGCCAAGGAAUUCCUCCAUCAUCAAAGGACAAACUUGGUGUCUGGGUAUAUAAAAACAAGUUAAUAUUUUUUGGAGGUUAUGGCUAUUUACCUGAAGAUAAAGUAUUGGGAACUUUUGAAUUUGAUGAAACAUCUUUUUGGAAUUCCAGUCACCCAAGAGGAUGGAAUGAUCAUGUACAUAUUUUAGACACUGAAACAUUUAUCUGGAGUCAGCCUAUCACUACUGGUAAAGCACCUUCACCUCGUGCUGCCCAUGCCUGUGCAACUGUUGGAAACAAAGGCUUUGUGUUUGGAGGCAGAUACCGAGAUGCCAGAAUGAAUGAUCUUCACUAUCUUAAUCUGGAUACAUGGGAGUGGAAUGAAUUAAUUCCACAAGGCAUAUGCCCAGUUGGCCGAUCGUGGCACUCACUAACACCAGUUUCUUCAGAUCAUCUCUUUCUCUUUGGAGGAUUUACCACUGAUAAACAGCCACUAAGUGAUGCCUGGACUUACUGCAUCAGUAAAAAUGAAUGGAUACAGUUUAAUCAUCCCUAUACUGAAAAACCAAGAUUAUGGCAUACAGCUUGUGCCAGUGACGAAGGAGAAGUAAUUGUUUUUGGUGGGUGCGCCAACAACCUUCUUGUCCAUCACAGAGCUGCACACAGUAACGAAAUACUUAUAUUUUCAGUUCAACCAAAAUCUCUUGUAAGGCUAAGCUUAGAAGCAGUCAUUUGCUUUAAAGAAAUGUUAGCCAACUCGUGGAACUGCCUUCCAAAACACUUACUUCACAGUGUUAAUCAGAGGUUUGGUAGUAACAACACUUCUGGAUCUUAAGGCUUCGUAGAUAAUGCCUCUGAUCACCUUGCAUGGACAGCAAUUCUGUAAACAUCAGAGAGUGGCAUUGUUUGUAUAAUCAUAUGCAUUGUUGUAGUUUGCAGCUUUUUGGUUUUAAUGUGCAUGUGAAUGGCCUAGAGAACCUAUUUUUGUGUCUAAAGUUUACAAUAAAUGUAUUUAACACCAGUAA